AUGGACGCAGAACUUGCGGCUCGUUGGAAUGAUCUCACAAGUUUCCUUAGCGAGCCAACGAGAGAGAAAUGGCGGAAGACCAUAAUCGACGCCUACACUCCGCGACCUUUCCGAGGUAUUCCACAUUUAUGUGCAAUGUUCAAGCUUUUCGACAAGUAUAAAGAUCAUCUCAGAGAUCGUUACGCUACUGCUUUUGCUAUUUUCUUCAAGAACGUCGUCUAUGAUCCACUCGCUUCCGAUAAUGCUGAAAAAAGUGCGCUUCUUUUGCAUCAGUUCGCAAAGGACACCACCUUCGAUUCGGAAAACUAUGUGGCGAAUUUGAUUAUCGCCUCCGGCUCCUACUCAACCGAUGCUCAUCUCACAGAAGGUGGUUCCGGUGAGGAAGACCUACACUACCUCAUUGAUUUCGAUAUGGCUUUUUUGGGUGACAGUGAGGAGCAAUUUUCCGAACACGAAAAAGCGCAACGAAAAGAGUACAGCCAUUUGAGCGAUGAAGAAUACAGAAAACAACGAGAAAAGGUACUGCGUUUUUUCCUCCAAAUCCCUAACAUCUACGCCACAAAGGAUCUACGAGCUGAACUGGAAUCACAAGCCAGAGAGAAUAUUGCUAGAGAAAUUCAUUUGCUGGAAACCCAUACACGAACCUAUUAG